AUGACAAAGUGUGGAGGAAAAGCUUUGAAAAUUUUUGUUGACUUUCACGGCAAAUUAGAAACUUGGAAAAAUUUUUUUUAUCACCUCAUGAUUUACGUGACGGUCAAAUUUUAUAACAAAGCCUCACCUAAAAAAAUAACAUUAAAAUUUCGUGUUACUAAAGAAGAGAGUGACAACUGUGAGAUGGAUACCCGCUCACAAAGCAAAAACAAGAAAUGGUUUAGUUUCAGGGCUGGCCGCAUUACAGCAUCAAAAAUACGAUCAGUGUAUCACACAAAAAUCGAAAAUCCAUCCAAAAGCUUAAUAAAGGAUAUAUGCUAUCCCUCAUCAAAGGUGUUCUCAAGUAAACCUACUAAAUGGGGUUGUGAUCAUGACAGCACAGCCAAACAACAUUAUGUAAAAUUCAUGAUGCAACACCAUGACAACUUUGUAUUAGAAGAGAGUGGAUUUGUGAUUAAUCCUGAAUAUCCCUUUAUGGGGGCUACCCCUGACGCAAUUGGCUGUUGUGAUUGUUGUGGACCUAUUUUAGUUGAAAUCAAAUGUCCAUAUUGUAAACGUGAUUCAACAAAAAUAGGUGACAACAUCACAUGUUUAGAAACUAAAGAUGGGAAAUUAUCAUUGAUGAAGUCACAUGCAUAUUAUUACCAAGUCCAAUGUCAACUGUUGGUGUGUGAUAAAGAGUGCUGUGAUUUUGUUGUUUGGACUUGCAAUGAUUUCACGGGCCAAUAG